AUGCUCCACAAAGUCACUCUCACAGCAGAACAGACUGGUGACAGCCUUUUCACAAAGGAAAUAGAACUAAAUUUUGGAGCACUUCAGUGGGUUGUUGAUGUCAAGCAAUGGGCCAGUAGCGGAAAUGCAGCAGCCAGUUCUGUUGAUGCUCGUGGUUUGCAGAUCUCCAUCGAAGCACUCUUUGUGAGCAUUUGUCAGAAGAAGCACUACCUUUAUAGACAGAAUGAUCGCAACAAAAGGCGUCAGAAGAUUACUCAGAAGAUUGCCCAAGAAAAGAAGCGCUUGCUAGAUGAGAUCCAGAAAUACAACAAACAACCUGAUGGUGAUCCUGUGGACACACACUCAGUUGUGCAGAAACUUUCUAACAAAGCUGCAGAGAGCAUGAUCUGGCCUUGGCAGGAACAGAACACAGACAGUAUCGACAUUCUCACCAAGAAGAAGCUUUUUGACCAACUAAUGCUGGUCUCACGACUGACAGAAGAAAAGCAGAUCCUUGUGAAGGAGAUGAUGCAGCACUGUCAGUACCUUAAGGACUCCGUUGCAAAGGUCCAGACACUGAUAGCCACCAUUUCAGAUUGCACAAAAACAGGAAGCUAUCCCAAUGGAUUCACAGAGGAGGCGUCCAAGGGCCUCAUCAGUCUACUUAAGAGAAGACUGCACAACCUCAGACUCAAGCAGCAGACUGUAGCAUGCACAUACAGAGGCAUUUUCGAACCAACUCCUAGGCUGGUGGAAGAAGAUGAAGGGGAAAUGGAGGAAAUGGUCUGGCAAUGUGACCUCAGCUCUGACGAUGAUGAUGAUGAUGAUGAUUAUGAGGAAGAUGAUGCGGAGGUGGGGACUCAAGUCACAGUUGUAAUCACCUUUGCUUUGACUUGUACUUUGAUGACUUGAAGGUUUCUAAAGUCUUGACAAAAGAUCCUGUUUUUGUAAGUGAGUUAGAUUGAAAGUGACAAAGUGACUCUUCAGUUGUUUGUUCCUGCAGUUAUCCUUAUUUUGCUACAUAUGCUCUCAGAUUAUACCUUUUU